CAGUCUUCCUUUUCUUCUCUUCUCUGCAGGUAUGCUGGAGGAUGGGAAGAAGUUUGACUCCUCCCGUGACAGGAAUAAGCCGUUCAAGUUUGUGAUGGGCAAGCAGGAGGUCAUCCGUGGCUGGGAAGAAGGGGUUGCCCAGAUGAGCGUCGGGCAGCGGGCCAAGAUGAUCAUCUCGCCAGACUACGCCUACGGCUCCACCGGCCACCCAGGAAUCAUCCCCCCCCACGCCACUCUAAUUUUCGACGUGGAGCUUAUGAAAUUGGAAUGACAACAGGCACUGCUUCUCCUGUUUCCCUGCUCAGGGGUUUGGCACAUGGCAAAAUCCAGAACCCUCUUUUGCUUCAAGAAGAAUGCACACGAAUUUGUAUGGAGCUUUUCCCGGCUUAUCCACCACUACACAGUGUAAACCAUCCGCCCCGAUCUGAAUGUGUUGGGUCACUCGGCUCUGCUUCCGAUUCUCCUUUUCUUCUUCUCCUCUGGGUUUUUUCCCCCCACCCCCCCGACGUUUUUAAGCCGUACGCUGUAAAACCUCAGCUAUCUAUUUUUUUUAUUUUGGUCAAGCUCUUUAAUCUUAUUAUUUUUUUUGGGUUGGGUUUUUUUGGUGUAGACUCGAGUUGUGUAUGAUUGAGCAUUUACUAGUUCAGUAUCCUGAUCGGUUCACGUUAUAUAGGAAUUAAUUGCGCCAAUACGGCAAAGCGCUCUCUCUCUCUCUCUCUCUCUUUUUGUGUGGUGGUUGUUUUGCGAGUAUCUAUUGCCUGAAACUGAUUUGCCGCUGCGAAGCCACGCGGCGCAGUUUCGAAGAGCGACCGAGGGCGGAGUCAUCCACAAAAAGCCGCGUAGUCAUAGGAUUUGAUACAGCUCUCUGCCUGAAAUUUGGGGCCCGCGCGGGUCUUCCUUCCCCAACCCCGUCGCCUUCCUCGCCUCCAUCUCGGGGAAGGGCCAGCUUUCACGACGACUUAGCGGCAACCUUUUUUGAUGUCGGAGGGAUUCUCGCUGCGCCCUGCGAGCGAUGGAUCUCCCCUUUUCCCCUUUUCUACUGGAUUUUCAGGAUAUUUUUAAUCUGUAGCUUUCUAAAUUCCGUAACGAGAUGAAUUCCACAAUUUGGAAGGUGCUCUUUCUUCCCUCAUGGGUGAGGGGUCAAAUCCAGCCUUCCCCCCCACCCCAACCCCCCGCCUGGCCGUCAGUGCAGAUUUACUAGAGAGUACUUUACAGUAUCCUGAUGCUGGUCAUCGCAGCUUUGCCGAUGCCUUUUGGGCAGUGCACCGAACCCCCGAACCCCCUUUCCUGGUUGUCAUACCAACCCCGUCUUUUUCCCGCAUAGUGAUUUUUUGGUAAGAGAAUCGCCGCCGUCACCUCCUCCACCAUCUCCACGUAAACACAUAGAGUUUUAUUAUUGCAAUAAAAACGCUUUAUGCUGGCUUUUCUCAAA